AAAUUGGCGGCAUUGUGAACGGGCGCGUCUGGUCUAGAUUGUUUUUCUGCCGUGCUUGGGUCGCGUUAAAUGUUUGUUUUAUUUUGACUUCUCGGCGUCCACACUCGCAUUCAUAAGUUUUAUGAACUAAAGUGGAACAGUUUAUUUUUUGGUGUAUUUUUUUCGAAAGUUUAUUGUGUUGGCGUACAACAGAGUAGCGCGUAAAAACUCGCAUGUGUGCUGGCUGUGGUGUGUUCCAUUGAAAUUGAAGAUAAAAAAGGAGAAAAACCAUCUUGCAUGCGUGGUGCCCAUACGCCUGCCUGCUGCUAGCAUUUUAUCCAAAAAGAACAGAACACCCAGCCUUCAACAGCCGAGAAAAGUGAAAAACUUGAGAAAAUUGCCCAAAUAAACAGCCAGACAGACGUAGCACUAAAAAAGUACGAAAUACAAAGAAGACCAGACGGCGGAGGUGUGCAUACGGUGUGUACAUGUGUACUCGUGUCGAUCGUGACGAUCGUGAAUUUUUUCUCUUCUCCUCUUCCAACAAUUCUUUAUUUACACAACAUGCCGCCCCACGGAAAAGUUCAGCUGCUUUCCGAAAAAUUGUUUUAAUUUCCAUUUAUUUUGUUUUGAUUUUGCUUUGCCUAUUGAGUGUAUGUGAGUGCGUAUGCAUGUGCGUUGCCCUGUGCGUUUCGCUUGUGGUGCGUGCCUUAUGUCCCAACUACCAAAAUGCGGGAGUAUAAUUAUCGAAAUUCUAUUUUCUGUACGAAAAUUGUUCUAAAAAAAUUAUAAUGUUCCUUGCUUUCGCACUUAAAUCAAAAACAAAAUAAAGUGGCCGCACCAACAAAGCCCUCAAAAAAUGAAACAAAUUAUACAACAAAAAAAGAAUAUGUAUAUGUUCAAAAGAAGAUACACCAUAAAGUCGUCAACGGAAAAAUGUUUGAGAGCAGUUAUGACAUUAACUUUAAGAGCAACAAUAAAUGUAAAAUACAGUUUAUUAGUGGUUUCCCCCUCUGCAAAAGGGAAACACUAAAACCAUGUGAUAAUCAAAGAAAACCAAGAAAUAAACGAGCAUAGCAGUGCCUUAUAUACACUUGUUUUGUGCCAUACAAUUUCAAGUAUUCUGCGUCAUCAAUAAGAACAGAAUCUCAAUUAAAAUGUGAAAUUCACAUGGAAACACAACAUAUACAAGCAGCAAGAAGUACGCGCAAAAACUACAACGAAUACCAUUUUGUAGAAACUAGACGACUUUUUACAAAAUACAACAAAGUGAAUAUCAGCAAAAACCUCACAGCAGCACCAAAACUACGACGAAGACAACAGCAAACGUAAAAAAAGAAAAUCUUACUAAAAUGCAAAAGUCCAUAAAAUCCAAACAAACAAAUUUUUACAUAAUAAACAAACACGACCACAACGACAGCUACGAUAAUAUUGCCGUAUUGAAAUUCCAUUUGAAUUGUUUAUUUGAAAAAUACACAAAAUCAACGACAACAGCAACAGAAACAACGAAAUUGAAGGAAAAAUGCAAGAUAAUUGCAUUACGAUUUAAAAGUAACGACAACAAAGAUUAUAGUGCGAAUAAAAUCCAAAACGAAUAUUUGUGUUGGCUACAAUUAACUAUGGAAGUGCCUAGAAAAAGAAAGUAUCCAAAAUUAUCAAAGUCCCUGAGAAUACAGCGAUAAUCCCAAAGUGGUUAAGAUCACAAAAAGACUUUUAAAACCCAGCUUAGAUUUAUUCCCAAAGAAAACGUCUUUAAAACGAGUACAACUUGCACUUAUUAAAGCUUUCCCCUGCCAACGAGUGUCUGUGUUUGAGCGGGUGUAUGUGUAUGAGAGUGAGAGGGAGCGACAGAGCUUGCGUUUGUUCUCUACGCCCGGCUCUCAAUCUCCUGCAUCGCGUGUGUAAGUGUGUCCGUACGUCUAUCUACGAACAAUGUUAGAUAUAUUCCGUGGAUUGAAAAACCUUAUAAAGGUCAGUCACGUUAAAACCGAUUCUCCAGUAUUUCGCUUGCAUUACUCUAUAACUGUGAUGAUAUUGAUGUCCUUCUCCCUAAUCAUAACCACACGCCAAUAUGUCGGUAAUCCCAUCGAUUGUGUUCAUACCAAAGAUAUUCCAGAAGAUGUUCUCAACACAUACUGUUGGAUUCAUUCCACGUAUGCGCUCAAAAGUUAUUUUAACAAGAAACAAGGAAUAUCCGUACCCUAUCCGGGUAUUGGAAAUUCCGAUGGUGAUUUGCACGAGAAGAAGCAUUACAAAUACUACCAGUGGGUGUGUUUUUGCCUAUUUUUUCAGGCAAUAUUAUUUUAUACACCAAGAUGGCUGUGGAAGUCUUGGGAAGGUGGCAAAAUUCAUGCACUUAUCAUGGACUUAGAUAUAGGAAUCUGUUCCGAAGCCGAGAAAAAACAAAAAAAGAAAUUACUUUUAGAUUAUUUAUGGGAAAAUCUAAGAUAUCACAACUGGUGGGCGUACAGAUACUAUGUUUGCGAGUUGUUAGCACUCAUCAAUGUGAUAGGUCAAAUGUUUCUUAUGAAUCGAUUUUUCGAUGGCGAAUUUAUGACAUUUGGCUUAGAUGUGAUACAAUAUAUGGAGGCCGAUCAGGAAGACCGUAUGGAUCCCAUGAUAUACAUAUUCCCUAGAAUGACCAAAUGUACAUUUUUUAAAUAUGGUUCGAGCGGGGAGGUGGAGAAACAUGAUGCUAUAUGCAUAUUGCCAUUAAAUGUUGUUAAUGAAAAAAUAUAUAUUUUCCUUUGGUUUUGGUUUAUAUUAUUAACAUUAUUGACAUUAUUAACAAUUAUAUACAGGGUGGUUAUUAUAUUUUCACCACGUAUGAGGGUGUACUUAUUUCGUAUGAGAUUUAGGUUAGUGCGUCGAGACGCUAUAGAAAUAAUCGUUCGUCGUUCAAAGAUGGGCGAUUGGUUUUUAUUGUAUUUAUUAGGUGAAAACAUAGAUACGGUUAUAUUUCGAGAUGUUGUACAGGAUUUAGCCAAUCGUUUAGGACAUAACCAACACCACAGGGUGCCUGGACUAAAGGGCGAAAUUCAGGAUGCAUGAUAUUGGGAGUAUUAGAAACCAUACAAAAUGCAAACUGUUGUCUCCAUCUAAAAAAACAGUAAAACUUCAAUGAAACGAAAAAUACCAAAAAACACACACAAAAAACAGAAACACAAAUGAAAACAUAAAUCAAUAUGUAUAAGAAACAAUGCUGCCAACUUGCUUUUUUAUUAGCAAAAUUUACAAAACGGAAACCGAAUGCCACAUUAACAACUUCAUCAAUUUCAACAACAUCAAUAGAAACCAAGUAAUCAACAACAACAGCAACCGCAAGGAUGGCUAAGGACAGAAAAACAAAGAGCUUACAAGAAUCAUUGUACGGAUGAAACGCACAAAAAAAACCCCAAGACCACAGAUAAUUCUCCAAUCAAGCUCCAGUCCUUCAACGGUCAAACCUGCCAUCCUUGAGAAGCAUACAUACAUAUAUAAAUAGUACAGACAGUCACAUCACAUCAAAGGGCUCCUACACCAGCUAAAAUGACGGGAAAAUUCACAUCAGAAGAAGUUUUUUGUUUUUUUAAAAUGCCAUCAACACUUUAAGCUAAGGAUCGAUAUAUAAAUAUCUAUAAUACCAUACAA